AAAAAAAAAAAAAAAACAAAAAAAUCCCAAUUUUUUUUUCUUUUUCUUCACUCAUUCUUUUUUUGGACUUUUUAACUUUUUUUUUCACCUCCUCCCUUUUUGUCGUUCUUUCACUUAUCUUUGUCCCUUUUCCUCUUUAUUGUUUUGUCGAAAACUAACCUUCUUAGGUUUCUCACAUUUACCUCAACUUCUCAUCCGUUAUGUUUGCCACUCUUGACUUGCCGUUACGUGAUGACAAUAGACACAAACGGCUUAAAGUAGGCAGAGCAUGUCAUCCUUGUCGUAUGAAGAAAAUCAAGUGUGAUGGGAAACAACCAUGUAUGCAGUGCAAAGCUCGACGUAGAAAAUGCAUGUACAUGAAGAAUACGGAUGCUACUUACAUCAAAUUGGAUCCUGAUGAUACUUAUCAACAAACCACUAAUAAUGACAAUAAUGGAUUAACUGAAUCGACAACAAUCAUCGAACAAGAUCAAUUAUUUCAAAUAGAUCAUCAUGAACAAUCUUGUACAUAUCCAACAAACGUCAAUUACAAUACUUUGGUUACUAGAUCCGAUAAGAUGAUGGAACAAUUAACACAAGGAUUAGUUCAAUUAACUUUGCAUCAAGAUACUUCUCAAUUGAAACAAGAAACAUUAACUCCAUGGCGAAAUUAUGGUGACUUUGUACGAUGGACAACUGAACCACCUUUACCUCGACAUUUCUCUGCAUCAUUGGAAAUGCCAUCUAGGGCUGUACAAGAACAACUGAUUCAAACCUUCUUUACUCAUUGUCAUACUUUAUUACCAACCAUGUCAAAAGGCAUGUUUUAUGAUCAAUUGCAUACAAAAGGUCCUUUGAUUACCCCACUUUUACUCAAUAUGAUUUAUGCUCACGCCUCGGCUUAUCAACAUCAACAACCACCUCCACCACUUGGUAUGCCACCGUCAUCAACUUCUUUACCAUCACUCAAUAUUGAUAGCGACAUGUUUUAUCAACGAGCAAGACAAUUAUUGGAUGGAUUUUUGGAUGAACCUAGGAUUAGUACAGUGAUCGCUCUAUUAUAUAUGGUAUCUUAUGAAGAUAAUACUCAAUAUCAAAUUCAACAUAAUGGACAACGACGACCAGGACGAACAAGUCGAGCUUGGAUGUAUAGUGGUAUGGCUAUUCGCAUGUGUUUGGAAUUAGGAUUACAUACUUCUCAUUACAGUAGUCAAAUGUCACAGUUCGAUAUUGAACUACGCAAACGGGUACUUUGGACAUGUUAUGUCAUGGACAAGUUGGAAAGUUGUACUAUGGAACGACCUUGGAUGUUACGAUCUCAAGAUAUUACAUUGGACUUACCGACACCAUUACCAGAAGAUGAUCAACAAGAACGUAACAUUUUGGAUGGAUUUGCUCAGCUAUGUCGACUGAUGAUGUUAGUGGAAAAAGUUCUUUCAUUCUUUACCUACGAAAAUAGAACAAGCGAUGGAGAUUGGACAACAAAAGAAGAAGCUCAAGUACUCUACUUUUUGGAUCAAUUGAUGCAAUGGCGAUCACUUUUACCUGAAGAAUUUCAAUGGCAUCCAUCAGACGGUUUACGACUUCCUACAUCGUUCAUUGUUACCAACUUACAUCUACUCUCUUAUGAUUUAGAACUGUCUUUGGUAUUGUGUUGUCGGUUUCAGAUGGAACAAUUACAAUAUUGUGAACGACGUCGAUCUUUGGCCAAUACAAUCACUCGUAUUGUUACUCUCACGGUACAAUACCCUCAUUUGAUGUAUACUUCUGCAAUCUCUGGCUUUUCUGGGAUUUUUGCCGCUUUGGUGCAUGCUAGUGAUGUCGAUCAUGCAAGAUUGGAGGUAGCAAAGGAUGCCAAACAACAAUUCAGAUUGACUUUGGAAACCAUUCGUGGAUUAGUGGACAAGAUACCUAUGCGCGACGUACGACAAUUUGUAGGACUGAUUGAUACUUUCUUACGACCAUCAAACGAUCCAUCAUCAUCAACAACACCAUCAUUAUCUCCUGCCUUUUCAUAUGCAAUGAACGGUUUAUAUCACAUCAACUCAAUACCACCUACUGGCAAUCAUACAACUAUUAACGAUGACCAUAAGAAGCAAUCCACUUUGGAACAAGAUAAAAUGAUGCAACGUAUGUUAGGAACACAGGACAUAUACGAAGCACAACUUAUGGCCAAAACAUUAACGACAUUACAACAUCAUCAUCAUCACCAUCAACAUCGUCGUGCAGCAUUUCCAACACCAUUCACUACACCCUCUCCUCCACCAUCCAAUCAUACAGAAAAUAAUACGAUUCUCUUGGAAGAACAACAACAACGACAAAAAUUAUACCCAGUAGUUUCAUCCUCAUCAUCCACAUCGACAGCAUCAUCAUCACCAUCUGCAGGUAAUGCGACUAUUCGACCAGGGACAAAUCUAUUUGCAUUUUCAUCUCAAGCAGCAGAAGCAGCAGCGGCAGCAGCGGCAGCGGCAGUGGGAGCUGUUGGACCUCCUGUGACGAAUUAUCAACAACAAACAUCACAACAACAUAUGAGUAUGACUAUUCCAACAGGUGAUGGACCAAUCAAAAGUAUUGAACCGGCAGAUUAUACGUUUGAACUUAUUUCUGUGGAUGAUGAAUGGGCGAAAUCUCUGAUAUAUUAAAUCAUUUUGUUUUCUCACUCUCAUUGUACAUUAUUUUAUUAUUAUUAUAGUAUCAUUUUAGUUUAGAUUCAUUUCACCUUUUUUUUUUAUAUUACUAAUAUUAUUAUUAUUACCAUCCUUAUUAUUACUGUUAUUACUAUUGUAGCAUCCCAUCAUUCACCAUCAUACUCACCACUCUAUUUUUACAAAAACACAAUAAAGAUCAUCCUUUCAUCAACCUG